AUGGGUUUAUUAACAGUACUUAAAAAAAUUAAACAAAAAGAAAAAGAACUUAGAUUGUUAAUGUUAGGUUUAGAUAAUGCAGGUAAAACUACAAUUUUAAAACAAUUCAACGGUGAAGAUAUAACUACAAUAAGUCCAACACUAGGUUUUAAUAUACAAACUUUAAUAUAUAAAGAAUAUAAAUUAAAUAUAUGGGAUAUUGGUGGUCAAAAGACAUUAAGAACCUAUUGGAGGAAUUACUAUGAAGAGAAUGAUGCUGUCAUAUGGGUAAUCGAUAGCUCUGAUAUUCGAAGAAUAGAUGAUUGUAAAUUAGAAUUAAAGUCGUUAUUAGAAGAAGAGAAACUUGCAGGUGCAACUUUUUUAGUAUUUGCAAAUAAACAAGAUCUUGAAGGUUCAAAAUCAUCAGAAGAAAUUAUAAAGAUUAAAUCAUAA